AUGCUGACAAUAAGUCAAGCUUUUGUAGUCCUGAUCAUUUUUUUGUUAAUUGUUGAGUUUUUCAAACUGCAAAAGGCACGCAAGCAAUUCCCUCCUGGACCAACUCCUCUCCCAUUGCUUGGAAACUUGCUGCAGCUGAACUUUCAGUUUCAUCGGGAUCUUCUGAUGGAGCUGGCAAAAACUCAUGGUAACAUAUAUACUUUGUGGUUCGGGUGGGUCCCAUUGAUCAUACUGAAUGGAUACCAUGCAGUGAAGGAUGGCAUGACCACGCACCCUGAAGAUGUUUCUGGGCGGGUGAUAACACCUUUCUUCAAAGCAAUGGCCAAAAAAAAAGGUAUCAUACUGGCAACUGGUCACUCCUGGAAGCAGCAGAGACGCUUUGGUAUAAUGACUCUACGUAGCCUGGGAAUGGGGAAAAAAGGCCUGGAGUAUCGAGUGCAAGAGGAGGCCGCGCACCUGGUAGAGUUCUUUGUGAACCUGAAAGGAAGACCCGUGGAUCCCUCUUUCCCUCUUUUCCAUUCUAUUUCAAAUGUAAUUUGUGCUCUGGUUUUUGGAUAUCACUUCUCUGAUGAGGACAAAACCUUCCAUGAACUGAUCAGUGCCACAGAGAAUAUAUUCAGAUUUGCAGGCAGCCCGGCUCAUAGGCUGUAUGAAAUGUUGCCCUGGCUGAUGAACCAUCUCCCUGGUCCUCAUAAGAAGGCACUAUCUUCCUAUGAUGUCCUGAGCUCUUUUGCAAGGAAGGAGAUCAGAAGACACGUGGAGAGAGGGACACCAGAUGAACCACAGGAUUUCAUUGACUUUUACCUGCUUGAGAUGGAGAAAACUAAAGAUGGGGUCAAGCCCAAGUAUGAUGAAGACAAUUUGAUAUAUGUUAUAAAUGAUCUUUUCCUUGGUGGAUCAGAGACCUCAAGCACAACAUUGUACUGGGGACUGCUCUUCAUGCUACUGAAUCCAGACAUCCAAGAGAAAGUGCAGAAGGAGUUGGAUGCCGUUUUGGAUCCUUCCCAGUUAAUUUGCUAUGAGCAUCGGAGAAAACUGCCCUACACAAAUGCUGUGGUUCAUGAGAUCCAGCGCUUCAGCAACAUUGUCUGUGUCGGCAUGCCCAGAGUGUCUGUGAGGGACACAAUAUUGCUAGGAUUCCCUGUCAAAAAGGGCACCAUCAUUAUCCCAAACAUAGCAUCUGCUCUGUAUGACCCUGAACAAUGGGAGACACCUCGACAGUUCAACCCUGGCCAUUUUCUGGAUAAAGAAGGAAACUUUAUAACUCGAGAAGCCUUCUUACCGUUCUCAGCAGGGCACCGUGUCUGUUUGGGGGAGAAUCUAGCAAGGACUGAGCUCUUCAUUUUCUUUGCCAACCUGCUGCGGGCAUUUACCUUCCGGCUGCCUGAGGGGGUGACAGAGAUCAACCCAGAGCCCAUUUUGGGGGGUACACUGCAACCCCACCCCUACAGGCUUUGUGCCAUUCCACGCUAG